AUGCGGAAGAGAAAGACUUUCGGAAGCAAAGCCCCGGUUACGUGUUAUUCCGGCUUCAAACUGAUGGGCGCCAGCAGCUGGAUCGAAUGCGGAGCCGAUAAUCGAUGGGGUGUCGCCCCUCAGUGUCUGCCCGUCGCUUGCGCCGAAGCCCCGCUCGUUUGCAACGGGACCCAAUCGGCCGCCGAACCGUUCGUCGCCGGAGAGGAGCUGAAUUUCGCUUGCCAAGAUGGAUUCCACAGCACGUCAUCCGACCUCCUAGUUUGCCUGGAAGAUGGCUCCUGGUCGGGCAACAUUCCCGAAUGCUUGCCGGAAGAGUGUCCUCCGCCGGAUGCGAUCGACAAUGGCGCCUGGGUCUACACGUCAGCUGUUGACGGUGAAAUGGUCAACGCCCAAACCGUUUUCUACACGGGUGCUGAAGUGGUUUACUCGUGUAACGAGGGCUUCCUGCUGGAGGGUGGAACACGACGAAGAUGUGCUGGAACAGUCGGCUGGAUGCCCCAGGGUCUACCUUAAU